AUGUCACAGUCGUUGACAACGUCCGCUAUACCGACGCCGUUCCAGCCCCAUCGAGAAGUUCAUAUCCAUCAUGAAAAAACGCCACCCUCAUCAGAAAGAGAACCAUCGAAAUCGCCAGAAACUGAAACCGGCUCUCCUCUAUUGAGUUGUAUGUUGGCUGGUGGCUUCGGCGGCGCUAUCGGCGACUCGGCCAUGCACUCUUUGGACACAGUGAAGACGAGGCAACAAGGGUUGCUGUUCAAUCCGAAAUAUAAGAAUAUGGUGCCUGCGUACCUAACGAUUUUUAAAGAAGAAGGAUUUUUCAGAGGUCUCUACGGAGGUUACACACCAGCGAUAUUGGGAUCUUUUCCAUCUACAGCGACGUUUUUCGGCACUUAUGAAUUCUCCAAACGUUUCAUGAUAAACACAUUGCACAUGAACGAUACUGUUUCGUACUUCAUUGCAGGGAUUUUGGGUGAUUUGGCCCUGAGUGUAUUUUAUGUGCCUUCCGAGGUUCUCAAAACGAGAUUGCAGUUACAGGGCCGCUACAAUAACCCAUUUACACAAGGAUGCGGAUACAAUUAUAGAAACCUUCGGGACGCCGUCAGGCUGAUAGCCAGAUCAGAAGGAACGUCGGCUUUGGCGUACGGGUAUAAGGAAACACUUUUGAGAGACUUGCCUUUUAGCGCCUUACAGUUUGCGUUUUACGAGCGGUUCAGGAAAUGGGCCAUCUUAUACAACAAUUCAGAUCAAGAUUUAUCCUUUGCGCUAGAGUUACUGACAGGUGCGGCGGCAGGUGGGUUGGCGGGUGUACUCACUACUCCCUUGGACGUGAUCAAGACGAGAAUCCAGACUGCCACCGUUGCCACUGCAGGGUCCCACGCACCAUACAUCACGUCAUCUAAAGGUGUCAUUGGCAAAUUCCUUCAUAAAUUCUCCACCAUUAGUGCUUUGCAUUCAAUCUAUAGAAACGAGGGCAUCUACGGGAUGUUCUCUGGCGUGGGACCCCGGUUUAUCUGGACGGGUAUCCAGAGCUCGAUUAUGCUCUUGCUUUACCAGAUGACACUCAAACGAUUAGACGCUGUGUUUACUUCCGAAGAUCUGUUGGAAGCUUAA